AUGUCAACUCCAAAUGUACUAAUUGUUGGUGCUGGGCCUACAGGUCUCAUCAAUGCACUCACGCUCCUGCGUAACGGAAUCUCUGUCCGAAUAAUUGAAAAACAAGAUUCUUUCCAGCUUGGAACGCGUGGAUGCGGUAUGCAGCCCAGGACCAUCGAGAUGUACAAGCUUCUUGGUAUCCUACCUGACCUUUUGGAAGUGAAGACUGAUCCUUUCCCUGUUGUCAAGUUCUCUUCUCCUCAAGGCGACGACGAGGAGGGAAAGGUAAUUCCUAUGGUGGAGAGAAUUGAAAAUACACCUUCUCGCCCAUACAAUACCGGAUACAUGUUGAUGCAAGAACGCCAAGAGCACCUACUCCGCACUCGGAUCGAGAAAGAUUAUGGCGUUACGGUCGAAUUAAGUACAGAACUAAGCUCGUUCGAGGAGCACGAAGAUCAUGUCAUCGCUCAUAUCGUCAAACAUGUCCCUAAUGCUGGCGAAAACACGGAAGAAACGGUCAAAGUCGACUUUCUUGUCGGUGCAGACGGCGGAAGAAGUACUGUUCGGAAGCAGCUUGGAUUGCCGUUCAUGGGGGAUGAUUCGGAAAGUCUGAAGGAAAUAGGGAUGGUAGCAGGCGAUAUUGAAGCUUUAGAAGGGACAUUGGAUCAGAAGGUCUGGCGCAUGUGGGGUGACACUACCAGCAACCUGCUCUCCCUCCGCCCAUGUGCUAUCCCCCACAAAACACACCUCAACUUCUUCAUCGGCGGGGCGGAUGUCAACCUGGAAAAAGUCGCGUCUAACAGAGAAGAAUUAGUUAACGCAAUCCAUGCCAUAACCGGGAGGGACGAUAUCAAAUUUGGAAAGGUUAUCAACUUGGGCGUAUGGAGACCCAAUAUCCGCAUGACUAGCAGUUUUGGGAAAGGAAGAGUCUUUAUCGCUGGAGACGCUGCUCAUGUGCACAGCCCAACUGGAGGCCAAGGUAUGAACUCAGGUGUUCAAGAUGCUAUCAAUCUCGGUUGGAAACUUGCCCUGGUUUCCAAAAACCUCUCUCCUCCUUCCAUUCUCACCUCCUACACCGCCGAACGCGUUCCCGUCAUCGCCACGAUGCUAUCAAAGACCACUGAACUGUUUCACAAAACAUUCCAGCCGGCGUCUCCAGAAAAGAUGGCGGAAGGAUGGCGAAGAGGGUACGAAUUGAGGAUGUUUGGCGUCAACUAUCGCAAGAGUGGGAUCAUCCUAGAUGAGAAAUACUCUUACGGAGCAGACGAGGCUGUGGAUCCGUAUCGAUCUGGAGACGACGGUACUGUGAGGGCGGGAGACAGAGCUCCAGAUGCCCCAAAAUUAUCUCCUGUGGGCCAGACCAACGCUACGACGUAUACGACAUUCCUCGAUCUCUACAAUCCUGCCUACCACACUAUUCUCGUAUUCGCCGAUCCCGGCCGAAACAGAGAAGCAAUCGAAACCAUCCUUGAGACUAUCCGGGGACUUCCGAGCUCCAAAGACAUCAUUAAAACAGUUGUUGUCCUGCCUCAAACAUCUUCCUCUAACGACGCUUCUACUUCCUCCGCGGAUAUGGUCCUCCUCGAUACUGAGGGAUACGCUUACAAACACUACGAUGUUGCUGGGGAUUCUCAGCAGCCCACUGUUUUCAUCGUGAGGCCAGAUGGCUUCAUCGGUGGGCUGGUUUUCGGAGUAGAGGGUAUCAAGAAAUACUUUGGGUUGAUACUCAAACUAUAA